AUGGUGGUCCACAACCCCCACUGCUACCGCGUCCUCACUCACGCCUGGGCGCCCUGGGACACCCUUGAGCGCCUCCAGUUCAUCCUCGACUACCAGUCGCGCUACCACUGCGAGGUGUGCCUCCCCUUCUGCCUCGUUCGCAGCUGCGGGCGCCACCGACUCGGCCGUAUCGGGGACCUCCUUCUUCCUCUGUGUGGUGGACACUUUGCCCAGGUCAACUUUGACUCGGCGGACGUUUACACUUGGGCAGUGCACAACGCCAGCAUGACCGGCGAGCUUGCGACCGAUCUGUACGAACUCAACAACACCAUCCAGGCACUUCACAACGAGUAUCGUGGUCGCUACCCUCACUGGUACCUCAAUUGA